GUAAUUCUCUGUAUCUACCUGUCUGUCUCUCCAGUUUGGGAAAUGCAGUUUGCCCCAUAACCUCACUUUUCCAAAAAAUAUACAAAGAGUUAAGUAUUUUUAAGUUUGUUUAGCUUUUUACUUGUUAUUAGGAUGGAAUGGUGACUUCUAAGGUCUUACAUGCUGGACUGAAAACCAGAAGUCUGAAUGAGUUUUGAAGGAUGAAAGGGAUUCCUAUACAUCUGCAUUGUUCAACAUGGUGGCCACUUACUCACAUGUAGCUACUGAAACUUAAACUAAGUAAAAUUUAAAAUUCAGUUCCUCAGUCUCAUUAGCUACAUUUCGAGUAUUCAAUAGCUACAUGUCAUUAGUUUCUACAAUAUUAGAAAACACCUAAGAGCAUUUUUAUCAUUGCAGAAAGUUCUAUUGAACAGUGCAGCUCUAGACUCUUGCUACUCAAAUUGCAGCCUAACAACCAGCAGUAUCCUAUUACCAAUUGUUGGGUUGUCUGUUUUUGUUUUUGUCUUGAGACAAGGUCUUGCUCUGUCACCCAGGCUGGAGUGCAGUGGUGCAAUCACAGCUCACUGCAGCCUUGACCUCCCAAGCUCAACCAAUCCUCCCAGCUCAGCCUCCUGAGUAGCUGGGACUACAGGUGCACGCCCCCAUGCCAGGCUAAUUUUUGUAUUUUUAGUAGAGGCGGGGUUUUGCUAUGUUGCCCAGGCUGGUCUUGAACUCAGGAGCUCAAGCUAUCUGCCCAUCUCAGCCUCCCAAAGUGCUGAGAUUACAGGCAUGAGCCACCAUGCCCUGCACAGUUGGUUUGUUAACAGGCAGAAUCUCCAGCCCUAUCCAGGACCUAAUGAAUCAGAAUCUGCUUUUAAUAAGAUUCUCCAGUGAUUCCUAUGCACAUUUAGGUUUGAGAAGCAUUACUAUAGUGGUUGUGGGACUUGGAUGAGUCAGAUGGGUGUGGUUCGGGGAUGGAGGGACUCAGAGAAUAAAACUGUACUCUGAGGUAACAGUGGGCACAAUGACAGUGCAUGAAAAUGCAUGCAUGGCAGGAGCUGGUAGGCUGAGGUAGAUUACAAAAGGUUCUGUAGCCCUUUGGAUUGUGCCCUGUGGGAAGCCACUGACCAAUUUAAAAUAGGAAUGCCUGACAAGAUCUGGGUUUGAGGAAGACAGCCUAGUGGUAAUCUGAAGGACCUGAUGGGCAACUUGGAAGUCAAGGGAGCAGGCAGAAAGCUCUGAUACAAACCUAAAUAAAGAAUGAGGCUAUCUUGGCUGCAGGCAUCUCAGAGAGGAGAGGGAGAAAGAGAGAGAAUCCACAGGGACUUGGUGACUGACUGGACACGUGGAAUAGAGAGAAGGAUGAAGUGAGAUUUGAACUUGGAUGAGUGAUAAAUGGAGCUGCUUUAUACAAAUCAGGAAUCCAGGAGAAUAAGCACAUUUUAUGGGAAGGUACUGAGGUUGGCCUAGACAUGUUAAGUUUGAGGUAUCUCUGAGACAUUUGUUCGCCAGUUUCCCUACCUGCCAAAUGAUAGUAAUGACAGUAUCCACCUCCACAGUAUUGGUGUAUUAAUAAUCAACUGAUAAAGUGUAUGUGAAUAUACUGUAUUAAUGUUUAAGUGUCACAUACGUGUUACUAGCAUGACUCUCGCAUGUAUUUGUAAUCUGAAGGACAGAGGCAGAAGGCUGAAGAUAUUGUCUACAUUUGCACAAAGGCAGUGUCAUAUAUCAAAUUCAGUAAGACAGGAAGUGCUGGAGGAAAAUGCUGAAGAGAAUGAAAGAUGUGGAUAGUCAAGUAAGAAAUAUAACAAAUCAUCAAUUAGAAAUACACCCCAGCUGCUUCUAAGCAUAAUAAAUUGUCAAAGCUUUCCAUCAAGUGGAAGAAGACAGUCACAGUCAGAUUUUGGAGAAGGCACAUAUUGAAAAAUUCAACUGAACAAUUAGUAGAAGCAUUUCCUGUAGAUUAGAAACCCUGCCCAGAACCACAUCUGCCUUGAAACAUAUAUAGCACAUAUUACGAAAGAACUGUUGUUACAUUUCAAUUUUCAUCUGCAGACAAAUUUAAGGUUAAAAUGUAAUAUAGCCUUAAAGGUGAUUGCUAGUUCAAACUUAUCAUUAGGCAUAUGGCUUCCUAACUCUUGAUUAUAUGUUUGGAAAAUUGCUAGGAAGGUUUCCAUCUUAUUGGUCAGAUGGUAUUUGAGUGUGAAAUAUAACUCUUUGAUGUGUGCUUUUCUUCUGGAAUUUGUAGAUAGUGCAGGAUACUUAAAUUUAUUUUGCUUUUGUGAAGUAAGCAAAUAACCUGACUUUAAACCUCGGUAAGGCUAUUCAGCUAAAUUCCAUAUAUAUCUAUUGAAGAUAUAUUACAGCAAGGCAGUGCGGUAGGGCCUGUCUCUUCCCUCAGGUUGCUGAUAAUCUCAUGGCAGAGACAUCUGUAAACAAGUUCUGAGGCAAGUGAGUGCUCACAGAAUUAUAAACAGGUUUGGGUAGUUUGGGGAGAGAAGUGAGUAAGAACAAUAGCUGCCAUCAGAUAUCAUAAAUUUGAAGUUUGAUGAUUUAUUUUCAAGAAUAAGGUUCCUGCCACUUAGUUUAGCUAGUUCUGGCCACAUUAUCUGCAGCUCCUUCCAUCAAGAGACAGAGACUAUUUGCCUGCCCCUUGGAUUUGGAGAGGCCUCACAAUUUGCUUUGAUUUGUAGAAUUUGGCAUAUAUGAUCUUGUGUGACUCCCAAGUCUAGGCCUUAAGAAAUUUUACAGCUUCUGCCUGCUCUCUUCUGGAUGUUGCCCACAGACCAAAAACAUAGCCUACUGCAGGAUAAGAGGCCACAUGGAGCCAACAGCAGACACAUGAGUGAGGCCACCUUGGACUUUCAGCUUAGCUGAUUCUCCAGUUCAGGGAUCAGCAAACUACAGCCUGUAGGCCAUAGCCUGCUUCUGUAUGGCCCUUGAGCUAUGAAUAGCUUUGGGUUUUUAAUAGUUUAUAAAAAUUAAAUAAAAAAGAAUAUGUGACAGAGACAAAGUCUAAAAUAUUUACUAUCUGAUCCUGUUUUACAGAAAACUUGGCCAACCCCUGCUACAGCUGAAUGUAUCUAUACGAGUGAGCCCAAUCAAAACCAGAGAGGAACCACAUAACCAACCUUCAGAAUUAUGAGAAAUAUUAAAUUGACAUUUUUGCAAGCAACUAUAUUUUGGGAGAGUUCGAUCUGCAGCAAUAGAUGACUCAAUCACAAGCUGAUAAAUGCUACACAAAGAAAAAGGAGACUGCUUCAAAGGAAAUAAUCUCAUAAAGGUUUUGGACCUUUUUGUCUCACUUACUUCAUUUAGGAGAAUUUCUUACCCCAAUCUGUUGUCCAUGGCUCUGCUUUGCAUUCCAGGGAAGUUUUGGCAGCUAUGAGCACAUAUACCUGCUGGUUACUCAAAGGACAUUCAAAACAUUUUAAAAAUGAGUAUUGAAAUACAACUUUUCUAAAAUUUUAAGAAACGGAAUUUGUAAAAUAUAGUAUUAAUGCCCUAAAGCAUUCUUCCAAAUAAGAGGUCUAUUUUUUCAGCAUAUUAAUCUAUCUGCAGUGAAACCUGUCUGGUUUUGUUAUUAAUGGACCUCCUUGACUUAGUGAGGUGAACUGUCAGCCCAGGUGGGGUGAAGAAUGGCUGUGAUAAAGGCGUGCAGCAAUCACUUUACCCUCUGCAAAGGACACAGCUACCUGCCAAGGCUGGAACCAGGAAAACAAUCUCAACCAUAAUUUAGAUCUGAUUAUUUUAAUUUAGAUCUGAUUAUUUAUGCAGUGUCAACUAAGUCCUUGACUUACACUGCUACUAUCUAAACUUACUUUUGUUGUAUAUCCAUUUUGAUCUCUAUAUUCACCCCUAUUAUUUUCAGAGAACCUUCAAACUAUCAUAAGUAAUUUUGCAGAAAAAGGCUAUAAGGAAGAAGCAGUCAGGCCAAAGAGUCAGUAAACAAAAAGAAAUGGUGGGCCACGUUUAGUCUUGAUGCAAAUGUGUGGGUUACAAUCAGGGGUGGUGCUCAUGGCUGAGCUUGGUAGUGGUUAAAUACAUGAUCCAGACCCACUUGAUUUUGAGGAAAGGACCAGUACAAUCAAUACUGCACAUCUUGGUAAAAGGAGUUUGAGGAGAUGGAUCUGGGAGUUUAGGUCAGCUAUGCUCAGGUGUACAAAAGCAACUCCCUGGGACUCCCAUCCAUACACAGGCCAUUGAAACCUGACGUGUCUCUCUUACCCCCAUUCCAUUCCCCAUCGAUUCCGGAAGAAGAACGGGCAUUUCUUCUGAGACAGCAAAGAACUCCUCCUAAGAUUUCCUCUUUCCCAAUUAGUUCUGUAUGAAGUUUAACAAGAAAAUCCCUCCAGGGCCGCCUCGAGGCCAUGCACUCACGCAGUUUGGAAAGACGACCAGGGAAAAAGGAUCUCAAACAAAAAUUCUAGCUCGACGUCUGCCACUAAGUUGUCUAAUUUUGGCCAGCAUCAACUAAAGGCAUACAUAACACGGCCGUGCUCGGAAUGCAAGGUGACCGCGAGGACCCAGAGGGCGCGCCAUGCGAGCUCACAGGGCUGGGGGCCGCCUGGGCCCGCGCGUGCAGCCAGGGGCUUCCGGCCGCGGCCCUGGCGCGUGGUCUGCGCGCGCCCGGCCGUGCGUGCGGAUGCGGGGAGGCUGCGUGUGUGCGCAGGGAGAGAACGCCGGCCACCUUCCCGCUUCCGAGCCGGGUGCGCGCCGAGCACAGGAGAUUGCCUGCCUUUAGGAGGUGGCUGCGUUGUGGGAAAAGCUAUCAAGGAAGAAAUUGCCAAACCAUGUCUUUUUUUCUGUUUUCAGAGUUCACAACAGAUCUGAGUGUUUUAAUUAAGCAUGGAAUACAGAAAACAACAAAAAACUUAAGCUUUAAUUUCAUCUGGAAUUCCACAGUUUUCUUAGCUCCCUGGACCCUGUUGACCUGUUGGCUCUUCCUGCUGGCUGCUCUAUCACGUGGUGCUCUCCGACUACUCACCCCGAGUGUAAAGUCUUGCUGCUCUGUUGCCCAGGCUGGAGUACAGUGGCAGGAUCUCAGCUCACUGCAAUCUCUGUCUCUCAGGUUUAAGCAGUUCUCCUGCCUCAGCCUCCCAAGUAGGUGGGACUACAGAACCUUCGGCUCGCGUGCUUCUGAGCUGCUGUGGAUGGCCUCGGCUCUCUGGACUGUCCUUCCGAGUAGGAUGUCACUGAGAUCCCUCAAAUGGAGCCUCCUGCUGCUGUCACUCCUGAGUUUCUUUGUGAUGUGGUACCUCAGCCUUCCCCACUACAAUGUGAUAGAACGCGUGAACUGGAUGUACUUCUAUGAGUAUGAGCCGAUUUACAGACAAGACUUUCACUUCACACUUCGAGAGCAUUCAAACUGCUCUCAUCAAAAUCCAUUUCUGGUCAUUCUGGUGACCUCCCACCCUUCAGAUGUGAAAGCCAGGCAGGCCAUUAGAGUUACUUGGGGUGAAAAAAAGUCUUGGUGGGGAUAUGAGGUUCUUACAUUUUUCUUAUUAGGCCAAGAGGCUGAAAAGGAAGACAAAAUGUUGGCAUUGUCCUUAGAGGAUGAACACCUUCUUUAUGGUGACAUAAUCCGACAAGAUUUUUUAGACACAUAUAAUAACCUGACCUUGAAAACCAUUAUGGCAUUCAGGUGGGUAACUGAGUUUUGCCCCAGUGCCAAGUACGUAAUGAAGACAGACACUGAUGUUUUCAUCAAUACUGGCAAUUUAGUGAAGUAUCUUUUAAACCUAAACCACUCAGAGAAGUUUUUCACAGGUUAUCCUCUAAUUGAUAAUUAUUCCUAUAGAGGAUUUUACCAAAAAACCCAUAUUUCUUACCAGGAGUAUCCUUUCAAGGUGUUCCCUCCAUACUGCAGUGGGUUGGGUUAUAUAAUGUCCAGAGAUUUGGUGCCAAGGAUCUAUGAAAUGAUGGGUCACGUAAAACCCAUCAAGUUUGAAGAUGUUUAUGUUGGGAUCUGUUUGAAUUUAUUAAAAGUGAACAUUCAUAUUCCAGAAGACACAAAUCUUUUCUUUCUAUAUAGAAUCCAUUUGGAUGUCUGUCAGCUGAGACGUGUGAUUGCAGCCCAUGGCUUUUCUUCCAAGGAGAUCAUCACUUUUUGGCAGGUCAUGCUAAGGAACACCACAUGCCAUUAUUAACUUCACAUUCUACAAAAAGCCUAGAAGGACAGGAUACUUUGUGGAAAGUGUUAAAUAAAGUAGGUACUGUGGAAAAUUCAUGGGGAGGUCAGUGUGCUGGCUUACACUGAACUGAAACUCAUGAAAAACCCAGACUGGAGACUGGAGGGUUACACUUGUGAUUUAUUAGUCAGGCCCUUCAAAGAUGAUAUGCGGAGGAAUUAAGUAUAAAGGAAUUGGAGGUUUUUGCUAAAGAAAUUAAUAGGACCAAACAAUUUGGACAUGUCAUUCUGUAGACUAGAAUUUCUUAAAAGGGUGUUACUGAAUUAUAAGCUCACUAGGCUGUAAAAACAAAACAAUGUAGAGUUUUAUUUAUUGAACAAUGUAGUCACUUGAAGGUUUUGUGUAUAUCUUAUGUGGAUUACCAAUUUAAAAAUAUAUGUAGUUCUGUGUCAAAAAACUUCUUCACUGAAGUUAUACUGAACAAAAUUUUACCUGUUUUUGGUCAUUUAUAAAGAAGUACUUCAAGAUGUUGCAGUAUUUCACAGUUAUUAUUAUUUAAAAUUCAACUUUGUGUUUUUAAAUGUUUUGACGAUUUCAAUACAAGAUAAAAAGGAUAGUGAAUCAUUCUUUACAUGCAAACAUUUUCCAGUUACUUAACUGAUCAGUUUAUUAUUGAUACAUCACUCCAUUAAUGUAAAGUCAUAGGUCAUUACUGCAUAUCAGUAAUCUCUUGGACUUUGUUAAAUAUUUUACUGUGGCAAUAUAGAGAAGAAUUAAAGCAAGAAAAUCUGAAGUAUUGUCUUGCUUUUAAAAAAUACAGUCCCUAGUGUUUUUAGGAGUCAAUUAAUUUGUCUCAUUUUUCCACCUGGAAAUUAGGAAUAAUGUAGAAUGCCAGGCAGUAAUUUCCUUUUGGAAAGGACUCUGAAGGCAGAAAAGAAGGGAGAGAACCUCAUGGGCAGAAUAUUAUAAAAAGAGUGUCAUAUUCCAGCAUUUGAAUUGGAAAGAGAAGAGUCAAGAUCCAAGUUGCAUUAUUAAUCUGCCCUGUGUUUUUUCCUUUUAACAAUCAGUUUGAGCUGCUGCUGUUAGGAGUUUCUCAUCAAGAUGAAAGCCCUAAUAUGUAAAGUCAAAUCCGAUUUAAAUUUUGUGCUUUUAUAGAAAGAAAUUUCUUCAUAGACGUGGUGAUAUAUCAUUUGUUGGACCUGCUAAUAGUAGGUCAAAGGGGAGCACUCCUUGCCCCCUGUUCCUGGGUUUAUGCAGUUUUCUUUUUAGAGUUUAUAUAGGGCAAGUGGUUCUUUUUCUCUGAAUUACAGGAUGGAAAAAGGUCAUAUCCUUUGUCAGGAAAUAUAAACUUGAAAGUAUGUAGUCAGCUCUUGUAAUACUCAUAUUUAUGAUUGUCCUAUAUGAAAAACAACUUCAGUUAAAACUAUAAUGUGUGAUUCUCUAUAACAAGGUGAUGUCUGUUUCCCAGGGCUCAGACCUAAUCCAGUUAUAAUAAAAUCAAUUAAAUGAAAUAUUCUAUAGAAUCGAUCUAUGCCCUUGUUAAUCUCCAUCCAUAUAGGAGUCACGUUCUUUAAGACAGAUGGUGGUAGUUAUUUUUGUGGCAUGGUUAGAUUUGACUGGUUUUGCAGAAGAUUACAGUUAUGUACUGCAUAAUGACAUAUACAAUAGUGGUCCCAUAAAAUUAUAAUGGAGCAGAAAAUCUAUUGCCUCAUGAUGUUUUAGCCGUUUUAAUGUCAUAGCCUAGUGCAUUACUCACGUGUCUGUGGAGAUGCUGGUGUAAACAAACCUACUACACUGCCAGUUGUAUAAAAGUACAGCACAUUCAGUUAUGUACAGUACGUAAUACUGAUAAUGACAAUAAAUGACACCGGUUUGUGUAUUUACUUUUUAUAA